AUGACAUCCCCUGAAAUUGCAACCACCUACUAUCAGGGCCAAAUCUAUAGCAGCAAGGAUGCUAUCGGAGCUUUAGGUGACUUGAGGUUCAAUGUUUUGGACUCUGCUGGUAUUGAGCCGAAGUUUUUUUUUUUUUUUUAGACCGAAGUUUCUUCUGGUACUAUUCUUGGGAGAACCACAUCUAUGACUGCUAAUGUUCUUGCAAGGACUCAGUUUGCAGUUCUUAUUAUCGACGUGAGGGCAGGUUUGCAUCCGUUGGAUUUGGAAGUUGGUAAAUGGCUGAGCAAGCAUGCGCCACAAAUUAAGCCUAUAGUAGUGAUGAACAAAUCGGAGUCUAUUGGUGAAUCUCUUGCUGAAGUUGCUUCUGAGGCUCUUGCGCUUGGAUUCGGUGAGCCUACUGCUAUCUCGGCUGAGACAGGACUUGGGAUGACAGCACUUUAUGAAGUUCUCCAUCCUUUACUAGAGGAUUACAUGGUCCAAACCUUAAAACGGAAAUAAAACUGUGUCAAGAAUCACUUGACUAGAAGAAGGUGCUUCUUUGUUUUCUCUC